AUGGCGGGUGUGCUGAAGAAGAUCACUGGCCUUGUGGGAUUGGCUGUGUGUAAUACUCCACACGAGAGGCUAAGAAUAUUGUACACAAAGAUUCUUGACGUUCUUGAGGCUAUCCCUAAAAAUGCAGCAUAUAGAAAAUAUACAGAACAGAUUAUAAAUGAGAAGCUGGCUAUGGUUAAAGCGGAACCAGAUGUUCAAAAAUUAGAAGACCAACUUCAAGGUGGUCAGUUAGAAGAGGUGAUUCUUCAGGCUGAACAUGAACUAAGUCUGGCAAGAAAAAUGGUGCAGUGGAAAACAUGGGAGCCAUUAGUGGAAGAGCCUCCUGCAGAUCAGUGGAAAUGGCCGAUAUAAUUGUUAAGUGAUUUUGGUGGGUCGAUGGGAAACU